GUUAUUGUUGUUCACGAGGCAGAUCGAGUGUAAUAUUGCCCCGAUUAUAUUGAUUCCUAUUUCCAUAUCAUAAUUAGUAAAUAUUAUUGAGAUCAGUUUGAGUUCUAUUUCGACUCGUAACGGUAGUAUUGACAGAGUGAGUCGCAAUAGACAUUUCCAACGUGUAAGAUGGAAACUAGUGGUUUAUUCAAUCCUGCUGUUAGAGUGAAAGUCGAGCCUUGUGAUGAUUUGCUUACCCAAAAUAAUUAUGAAACCAUCAACGAGAUACCCGUAACUGAAAAUGUCAAGUACGAAAUGAUUCUUCAAGAAAACUUGACCCGAGAGGUUCAAAAAUAUGACGAAUAUCAAGAAAAUGACGACUUGCAAAUCGAGUUGGAAUGUACAGAUAUGAAGCCCUAUUUAUUGACAGUGGCGAAAAUUGAAGAUUAUUCUCCAAAUUUCAGGCCACAUAGCGAUGUUUAUAAAAACGGAAGCAAAAUAAAACUCGAAACUGACGGGACAGUGAAGAAAGAAAUUUUUAGCGAAGAAGAAUCUAAUUUAAAUUCAGGACGUGGACUCAGCGAGAAAAAUGAAACAGGAAAUGUUUCAAAAGAGAUGAACUACGAACAUAGGCUAAAAACUCACACUGAAUCAGCCCGUAAUGGCAAUGUUACACCUGCAUGUGAUGUAUGUAGAAAAUCAUUUAGAUUUAAGAGUUUUCUCCAAAGACACAUCAAUGCGGUGCAUCGUAAAAUAAGGCAUGCAUGCGAUAUAUGCCAAAAGACAUUCUCAUCCAAGAGUAAUCUCAAAACUCACAUCGAUUCGGUGCAUAAUGAUGUUUCACAUGCAUGUGAUAUUUGCGGAAAAGUGUUCAUACUAAGAGGUCAUCUCAAUAGGCACAUCGAUUCGGUACAUCGUAAAAUAAGGCAUACAUGCGAAACAUGCCAAAAGACAUUCUCAGCCAAGAGUAGUCUUAGAAAUCAUAUCGGUUCGGUGCAUAAUAGUGUCCGUCAUGCAUGCGAUAUUUGCCCAAAGAAAUUCUCAGACAAGGGUUAUCUCAAAAAGCACAUCGCUUCGGUGCAUAAUGGUGUCACAUAUGCAUGUGAUAUUUGUGAAAAGACAUUCACACGGAAGGGUCAUCUCAAAAUCCAUAUCGAUAUGGUGCAUAAUAGUGUCCGUCAUGCAUGCGAUAUUUGCCCAAAGAAAUUCUCAGACAAGGGUUAUCUCAAAAAGCACAUCGCUUCGGUGCAUAAUGGUGUCACAUAUGCAUGUGAUGUUUGUGGAAAGGCAUUCGCAGGCAAGAGUAAUCGUAAAGCUCACAUUGAAGCGAUUCACAAUGGUGUCAGACAUGCAUGCGAUAUUUGCGGAAAUGUUUUUACACGAAGAGGCGAUCUCAAAACUCACGUCGAUUCGAUGCAUAAUGGUGUCAGGCAUGAAUGCAAUGUUUGCGGAAAGAAGUUCACACAAAAUGGUUCUCUCAAACGUCACAUCGAAUCAGAGCAUAAUGGUGUCAGGCAUGCAUGUGAUAUGUGCACAAAGAAAUUUACUGCGAAAAGAAAUCUUAAAGCCCAUAUCGAUGCGGAGCACAAUGGAAUCAUCCACACAUGUGAUUUAUGUGCAAAAAAAUUUAAAUAUCAAACUCAUCUCAAUAAACAUGUCAAAUCCUCGCAUAGUGGUAUCAUACAUUCAUGCGAGACAUGCGGCAAGACGUUCGGACAGAAAAGAAAUCUGAGAGCUCACAUCGAUGUGGCGCAUCGCUCGCUCAAUACGAUCUAAUAAAUGUUUAAAAUUUAUGUUGAAUUAAGUUACAAAUCAAAAUGUAAGAUCAAGAGUAUCU